AAAAAUAGAGCUGUACAGAAAAGAAUAAAAGCAACCCUUGCUCCUCGUGAAGACAUGGGGUGUUUCUUUUUGCAACACAAGACAUGUUCAAAAAUAGAAAGCAGCAGAAAGGAGAGUGAGAUUUUUGGGGACAAAGCUGAGUCAGUUACGUUGUAGAGGAGAGGAAGUUUCAACCUACACACUAAUUUAAGGAAGAAGAGGGAAAGUUGCCUAAAAUGGUGGUUAGUUAGUUGAGAGUCAAAGUCAAAAUCCCAUUCCAACGAAGACAUUAAAAAUUAGAAAACCAAAAACUGCCAACCAACCCCAAAAUCCAAAUUCCCCUUAGGAAAUUCCCCCACCACCAUGGAUUUCAAACCGAGUCCAUUUUUCUUUCUUUUCUAAUUCUCUUUUUAUGGCUUCAACCCGCACCUAAUUACACAACAAAGAAAAAAAGGAAAAGGAAAAAAAGAACCACACUAUUUCUCAAAUCCACAGAUCAAGGCAUCAACUUUCUGACACCCUCUUUCAUCAGAACUCUCCAAACCUUAAUAACCUUCGGUACGAUGAUAAUGAUAUUGGGCUGUUAGCAGUUGAUGUUUUUCUAAUGCGUCAGGAGUUGGCAAAGUACUAAAUUUUCUGUCUAAGGUUUUGGACAUUGGAAAUAACGUCCUUGAUAGUUUCCACUUUAAUGUAUCAUGGUGUCAGUGUUCAUUCAUUAGUAGGCAUUUGAUUUCUGGAGCUUGUAACUUGGGUUCAGUUAUAGAUAGGAAACUAGGACUUUGCCAUUUUAUCAUUGACUUUUCUUUGAUGAACAAUUUGUUGCUCAGUUGUAUGGUUGAGAUUAUGUAAGGGAUGGUUGUAUCAGCUACGUUUAGGCGAAUUGUCGCUCCUUGUUGGAGGCCAUCUGAUGUUCAGAAUGGGAAUGGGGAUGCAAAUGGUGAAUAUGAUGGUUUGCUUUGGUACAAAGAUUCAGGAAGACAUGCUAAUGGGGAAUUCUCCAUGGCAGUUAUUCAGGCAAACAAUUUGUUGGAGGAUCAAAGCCAACUUGAAUCAGGCCCCAUAAGCUCGCUCACAACGAAUCCUCAUGGAACUUUUGUUGGUAUCUAUGAUGGCCAUGGAGGUCCAGAAGCUGCCCAGUUCGUGAACGAACGUCUGUUUAAAAAUGUUAAGAAAUUUACCUCAGAAAAUCAUGGAAUGUCGGCUGACGUUAUCAAUAAAGCAUUCUUGGCAACAGAAGAGGAAUUUCUGUCUGUUGUAAGGAAGCAGUGGCAAAUCAAGCCGCAGCUAGCCUCUGUUGGAUCCUGUUGUUUGAUUGGCAUAAUAUGUAGCGGGGUGCUCUAUGUUGCAAAUGCAGGAGACUCUAGAGCAGUGUUAGCUAGGGUGGAUGAGGCUACGAAAGAUAUUAAAGCUAUUCAGUUAUCCUCUGAGCACAAUGCUAGCUGCGAAUCUGUCAGAGACGAGUUGCGCUCGUUGCAUCCUGAUGAUCCACAGAUUGUAGUUAUGAAGCACCAGGUCUGGCGUGUGAAGGGUCUGAUUCAGAUUUCAAGAUCCAUUGGCGACGCCUAUCUAAAAAAGGCAGAGUUUAACAAACCACCAUUGUUGCCAAAAUUUAGGCUUGCUCAACCCUUUGAGGAGCCAAUCCUUAAAGCCGAACCAGCAGUAACAGUGCAAAAACUCGAACCGGGAGAUCAGUUUCUUAUAUUUGCUUCAGACGGAUUAUGGGAGCAUAUGAGCAAUCAAGAAGCAGUUAACAUUGUCCAGAGCUGUCCGCGCAAUGGAGUAGCAAGGAGACUCAUCAAAACAGCACUUUGUGAAGCUGCAAAGAAGAGAGAAAUGAGAUACUCAGACUUGCAGAAGAUUGAGAGAGGGGUGAGGAGACAUUUCCACGACGACAUCACAGUCAUAGUUUUGUUCCUUGAUUCCCAUUUAAUAAGCCGUGAUAAUUGGAGCAGCCCUAUGGUUUCAGUCAGAGGUGGUGGUUAUAGUGGUAGUGGUCUUAUUGGUCUUGGUCUUGUAGAUGGCUAGUUCAUGAAAUUUUUUUUUCAAAUGAUGUUUAUGUCAAUUGGAGCCACCAUCUAUCAAUAUAUAUACUUGUGUGCAAAAGGCUAAUUUUUUCCUUCUCUUUGUUCCUUCCCUAUCUGGGAUUAUAGAUUCAAUCCAACAAAGAGAUUCUUCUCAUUCAUUUUUUCCCUUUUCCAUUUAGAAUUUCUUAUUCAUGAACACAUGGCACCAUUGUCAUUAUUAUAACUAGAACUUUGAUU